AUGCAAACCCUGUUCCCCUUUGCCGCCGCAUCACCCGCCCCAACUCCCAAACUGCACGUCACAUCCGGCCUGCUGCCGCCAUACGUCUCGGCGUCCCAAGCCCCGACCAGAAAGUCGCCGUGGAGAACGGUUCGAGAUGUCGGCUUCAUUCGCUCAGCCACGGUCGCGCUGCCGGAUGAACUGUGUCAUAUCAUCUGGCAAUCGGUCGAGGCUGCGGUCAGGAAAGUGAGAUAUGUCAAGGUGAUCAUGAAGCUGGAGGAUGUGCUGGACGGCGAGUUUUUCACCGAGUACAUCAAGCGAGGUAACGUUCUCAUGCUCUCCGAAGGAGAACCCGGUGUGGACAACGUCUUCUCACUCAAGGAUGGCAUAUUGCGGCUGAACCUCGCCAAGGAGGUCUACGAACGCACCGGUCUGCCGGGGACGCCUGUCCGGUCCGGAGGACGCAAACACGUCAAGUCAAGCUACGUGGUCGAGUACAAUCUCCGUCUCCCCUCGAUGCUACAUGGCAAAAAGGGCUUUGAGCGACUCGUGUGGGCGGCCAAAAACGUCCUGAACAGUAGUUUGCAGUGGCUCUUCCUCGACCUCAACGACGACCACGCUGCAGAUGUCAAAGGCCCGAUCAUAACACACCACCCUACAAUCAUGCAUGAUGUAGCCCCGACGGUGAAGAAAAUACCGAACGCCCUCAUCCCGUCGACCCUAACCACGACCACGAAUAUCAUGACACCCUCGACCCUGACAGAAAGGACACGUUCUCAUCCCCCUCCCCCAACUGCCACAUCGUCCAGUGUCCCUCCUGAAGAGCUGCAAGAGACAAUGCUGGAUCUUUUCGAAUACGUCGACAUGCUCUCGUUAGCGUCUCCACGAGUUCAGGCGACCGACCACGUCGAUCCGUUCAUCAGUCGAUACCAGGUCCCUGAUGUCUCUGGCCGUGGCUAUACGUCAAACGAGACAAGGGCCCAGCAGCCCGUCACGGUCAUGACGUGGACAGGGCUGAUCUCGGCACAAUGGGUGCUGGACCUUCUCUGUGCCAUCAUAAAACAGUCCCGCACGGCCCGACUACCAGCGCCGGAACAAGCGCCAUGGCUUGCCCUUACAGUCUCGGCACACAGGACCCAAGCGGUGGGCCAGGUUGACGGAUACACCGUCAUUCUCCAGCCAGAUGGUGACGAUGGAGAACGGGGUGACGGUCCUAACUCUGACCAUAACCAUCGUGUCGACGAGAACCAAAACGACGAGCCACAAACCCGCUCCGUCUUGGACCAGCACAAUCGACCGACCAAACGGCCACGUCUGGUGGCUGCGACUACUGGUGACGAAGAUGACGACAGCGCCACCGGCCCGAAGCGUGCGAACGCCUCUAGCGAAUACUCUGAUCUUGACCCCCUGAAAUCGGACUCGGGGGCAACAGGAGGAGGAACUACCACGGCCACGACCACGACCGCAACUGCGACCACAACCACUGCCGCGACCACUACUACUACCACUGCCACAGGGACAAACGCCGCUGCUCGUGCCGGAUUCCACCACUACAUUUGCGCCGAGUAUGUCGACAGCCUCGUCCAAGUCCUCCGUGGAGGUGGAGCCUGA